UCUUUUCCUACUUUAGCAUCCUAUGCUAUGUAUCUACCCUUUUUCUUAAAUCUUCUUAAAUAUCCUAUUUAAUAUUUUAGUAACUUUAUAUAGAUAUUUUACAGAAUCUCUGUCAUUCUUGAUUGAAGCUUGCCCAGUGAGUCCAUUCCUCUUUUUAUCUGCUACUUUUGCACUAUAAUUAAAACCAGUGGUCAUUUUGCGGUCUCAGUAUUGGUCAGAACUCUGGUUUAUAAGGUUUCAAAUUAAAUAUGGGACUUUCACCUUACCCGUCUCCAGUUGAUGUUGGAGUGUUGUGCAUAAUCCUGGUAAGCACAGCGAAAUCAAUCUCUACAGUGAAGGAAAUAGUGUGGUACAUCCUUCAUGCUAUAGGUAUCCAAGUCGUAUCAUGGGAAGAGUAUUCUACCGAAAGUCCUACAAACUUGUCCGGAAGUUGUGAGAGCUGCUUGGAAACCUCCAUUGAAGAAUUCCGUGAACGAAUUCCUGCUGUUAAGUAUGACUCACUUUGUAGUGACAAGCAGCUUGAGCACGACUGCUCGGUUUGCUUGACAGAAUUCGAACCAGAGGCAGUGAUAAACCACCUGUCCUGUGGCCAUGUUUUCCAUAAAAGUUGCCUAGAGAAGUGGUUGAAAUAUAGAAAUGUCACCUGCCCGAACUGCAGGAAGCACAUGAUUCCCGCAGAAGAUGAGGAGGAUACUUGCCCAAUGUGAGCAGCAGAGGAUGAUGAGGACACUUGCCCACUGUGAGCAGUUCCGUUGAGACGCCCCUUGAGUGAGGUAUAUUGUAUAGUUUAAUCAGGUACACAGUCUUAUAUGUUGGAUAUGACAUAGUUUUUUCUAUCUUUAUUGUUCUCACCGAGAUCCGGAGCUUGUGAGGAACACGGUAUAUUUGUACAAAUGAUGGUUUUAUGGAAUUGCCUAAGCCUAAGAACCCUUUUUGAGCCUAA